GCUCACAGCUGCUGGUAAAUAGACUGAAGCUCUCAAUCACUGAUGAGAUGAUUGAAGGAAACCUGCGGAUGAAGUGCUUGAUUAAAUGAACUGAAGUCACUUGUGAUCUCGGUUUGCUCCGUAACAGUCCAUGUGAACUUUGUUUGCUCUGUGUCUGGGCUUAUGGCGCACAAACGGGUUGCAAGAUCCCCAACAUCCCACCUGAGAGCUCAGGACUGCUCAGAGAUGCUGAACUCUGUGAUUCUGCCUCUGUGUCCUGAUGAAAGCACUCACAGCUCCUCACACAGGACCUCCAGAGAGGAGCGCAGAGACCUCACCAGCUCAUUACAGGAGCAGCUUCUAGAGAAGGACCUCCACAUCUCCAGACUACAAGAUACUCUGACCUCGGAAAGAGAAAAGUGCGCGCGGCUGCAGGGUCGCUGUCACCAGCAGGGGGCGGAGCUGAAGCGUCGAGAGCAGCAGAUCCAGCGCAUGAGAGAGAAACUCUCGCAGCUCGCCGACAGACACAAACCCCGCGGCGCCUCCAUAGAGAUAAUAAAUGUGUUGCCAAAGCAGACAGGACGGAGAGAGCCUGGCUUCAAGACAGCAAGGGCUGAUGGGAGGACAGAAGAAGCACUGCGGCUGCUGUUGGACCGAAGGGAAGCCGAGCUCAGAGAAGCCAUGAAACUACGACACGGCCUCACCACACUUCUGCACAUGCUCAGAAAUAACAUGGAGCAGGUGAGAGAAACAACUGUGCGUUCACUGCAGAUUUCCUGUGAAAAGACACUACGAGACGACAACAGUAGAGAACUGGAAGAUGAGACAGACAACGCUCUGGUCCAAUCAGAACGGAGCCUUGGUGAUCAUGUGACCGGAGGUGUGGUCCAGGAGUGGACGCAGGUCCAGAAAAGACUCUGGGAGCUCAUGUCAAAGAGUCCUGUUGCUCAAGGAACAGACCAGGAGAAGCUGCUGGCUCAUCUGGAGGAGGAGCUGGAGCAGAGCAGACAGCUGAUCCGAGCGCAGCAGCAGUUACUGCAGGACAGUGUGACUGCGCCCCUCCCCGCUGUCCUGAUGGACUGCUACUAUCUGGAGGAGUGGGAGCGGCUGCAGGACCACUGGGAGGAGUUUAACAGGCAGAGGCGGAGCUUCCAGCAAGAGAGGCAGGCCUUCACUGAAGCUGCUAUCCGACUGGGUCACGAGAGAUGUGAGUUUGAGCGGCAGAAGGCGUCCCGUAUGAUGUCCGACUUCUUCAGUCUUUCUCCUGUCAAGAAAACCUCACAGUGGAACAGGAGAGAAAGCACAGUGCUCGGCGACCUACGUGCAGCCAUACCGGAGCAGCUCUCUCUGUCUCCAUGUGCCACACCAUCAUCUGAGGGGUCAGAGGUCAUGCCGGGGUCCCGUCUGAACAUGGUCAUGACCCCCAACACCCCUGAGCUGUACUCGGCUCUUAAACUGCCCUACUACAGGUCAGAACGGAUCCUUCAGUCUCCUGAUGAGCGCAACACCAACUGGCCCUUUUAGUUUACACACUUCAAUUUCAUGAGCUGGAAAUAUUGUGGGGGGGUUUUCUUGAAGAAUCAGUGUCUUCAAAGAUACAUUUUUGAAAAAAAUUAAAUAAAGGUAUGCCAUAUGUAUAGAAUUGCCUUGUCUUGUUUUUUUUCUUCUUACAUAUUAACAUCUAUGUUUACAGUACUAUA